AGAGAUCAUAGAGGAUCCUUCUGCCUGUUUCUAUAACUGAAUAACCAAAGAAACCUGCUUCUAUGUCUCUCCUCUUUUUUGACUUUCACUCCACAUGAUCAAUGCAGAAAACAAAAAAUUCAGUGUUUCUCUUCAUUGUUCUCAUCUGAUGAACACGAAAAAGGGAAACAUAAGCAAGAAGGAAAGCUUUGAAGAUGCCAAUUACUGACCAAUUCAAAGACAACAAAUCCCUCGCCCUCACCAAGAGACUUAUUCCAUGGACCAUUUGUGUUCUGCUUCCUAUGGCUCUGAUUCAUUCAUUCUUUUACCCUUUACCCUUUUCUCCAUCUCCUAAAACUGAUCUUCCACAUUCCACCAAUAAUAACAUCACGUACCGUUCUUCUCUUUCAGCUUCUCCUCCUUCUUCUGCAGAAAAGGGAAAAACUAAAGAGACCAAAUGUGACUAUUGCAAUGGUGAAUGGGUGAGUGACAGUGGAAGCCCUUUGUACAAUGAUACAACAUGUGGAACAAUCAAAGAGGGCAGAAAUUGCAUCACACAUGGCAGGCCUGAAUCUGGCUAUCUUCACUGGAGAUGGAAACCAACUCAAUGCAAUCUUCCAAGGUUUGAGCCACAAACUUUUCUCCAACACAUUAAGAACAAGCAUGUAGCUUUUGUGGGGGACUCUAUGGCCAGGAACCAAUUAGAGUCCCUUCUUUGCAUGUUAGCCACUGCCUCAACUCCUAACCUUGUCUACAACCACAAAACUGGCAAGGACAACCAAUUCAGCCGGUGGCACUUUCCUUCACACAAUGCAAGCGUUUCCUUGUAUUGGUCUCCUUUUCUUGUGCAUGGUGUUGAAAAAUCAAGCACAAACCCAAAUAAUAAUCUGUACUUGGAUCAUGUUGAUGAGAGGUGGGCAAACGAUAUGGAUCAAAUGGACUUGAUUGUGUUAUCAUUUGGACAUUGGCUUUUGCUUCCAGCAGUUUACCAUGAGGGUGAUUCAGUUUUAGGUUGCCACUACUGUCCUGGGCUUAAUCACACUGAAAUUGGGUUUUAUAUUGUGUUAAGAAAGGCCCUUAGAACCACCCUUAAUAGCAUAAUUGAGAGAAGAGGAGAUAAAGGCAAUGGAAUUGAUGUAAUUGUGACAACAUUUUCACCACAUCAUUUUGAAGGUGAGUGGGAUAAGGCUGGUGCAUGUCCAAAGACUAAGCCCUAUAGAAAUGCGGAGAAGCAACUUGAAGGGAUGGAUGCUGAGAUGAGAAAGAUUGAGAUUGAAGAAGUGGAAUAUGCCAAGGCAAAAGCCAAAAGAAGGUUAAGAUUAGAAGCAUUAGAUGUGACCAAAUUGGCAUUAUUGAGACCUGAUGGCCACCCUGGUCCUUAUAUGAAUCCUUUUCCAUUUGUAAAUGGGAAUGCAGGGAGUGUGCAGAAUGAUUGUGUUCAUUGGUGCUUGCCUGGACCUAUAGACACAUGGAAUGAGAUUCUUUUGGAAAUGAUGAAGAAGUGGGAAAAGCAAUCAAGGAAUGAAGACUGAGAUAUUUCUCAUAUCUUGUUACUUGAUUACAUUUUAUUUUUUCCACCACAGGUGAUGGAUAUUGCCUUAGAAAAGAGCAACUUCAAUUGAGGAAUGAUUUGUUUUGUUUAUUUAGCUGAGGUUCUUUUCUUUCAAAAUGAUAAAUGUUUACAAACAUUAGAUUGCAACUAUUUUAUUUAAAAAAAAAAAUCUAAACUUAAUACUCU